AUGUAUAAAGGUGAGCAAACAUCAUCAGCGAACUGCGAUGUUCAAACAAUGGUGCGUGUGAUUGUGCAGGUGUGGUUCCAAAACCGGCGUGCGAAGUUUCGCAAGCAGGAGCGCUUGGCUCAACAGAAGGCGGGUGAGGCUCCUGUGAAGGCGGAGGGCAAGAGAGACAAGCCAACAUCGCCCGCAGCAUCGCCCCACCCGCCGGCAGCGCCCGCGCCUCAACCCGCCCACCACGCACUGCCGCACCUGUCACCACCAGACCUCAAGCCUAUCACCUCAGCAGCAAACAAAUUGUGCGAGGAGCUGAACGGCGUGGGGGGCGACGUGGGCUUGCCGCCUGUGAGUGGCAGCGGCGGCGGCAAGUGGACCGGCGGCUGCGGGCUGCUGCGUCAGCCCUCCGGCUUCCCACUCCUCGGCGUUGCGCCACCCAAUUACUUACUGUCGGACCACCUCGGAACCCUCGCCAAAUCGAACAACCAUCUUUUCUAAUGGGCGUAACAUCGUCGCCCUGAGUCACCGUCCGUGGCGCGUCGACGAGUCCACGGGGAGCGAGCCGCUGUUUCGCCCGCACCGCGACCAACCGGCUCUCUGCACCCACUACACUUGCAUUUCAUGAACAUUCCUCGUUACACUGUGCCAAGUGAAGACUUUACAAAGUGAUAUCUAAGAGACGAGAUUUUGAUCGUGUGUAAAACAUUCCAAGUGCCAAUUCGUGUCCAUUUAAAGUAUGUAUUGUCGCAUUAAUGACAAACGGUCUAAAUCAAUUUUUAGAUGUAUUUAUUGUAACAAACCAGUCGAUCGUACCUACAAGUUGCCUGUUAUAUGUACACGGGUGUUUAGUUUUAGAUAGUUUACGGUAAUGAAGGUUUUGUGUGAUACGAUUGUAAAUAACAUUCCGAUUGUAUACGUUUAAUAAAGGUAUACUUGUUCAGUGAACACUUGAAGUAAACGAAUAUUAUGUCAUUUUAAAUGUUGUCCUAUGAAGUUAUGGUGUAUUUUAUUCGUCGAUACCUAAUACCAUAAUGAAAUGUAAUUAGUACCUAAUCCAAUCGCAGUUUGAAGUAUUUCCGCGAACUGUUGCGAGAUUGUGUCUUCGUAUUUAUUCUAGUCAGAAGAAAAUUAGUUUUAUUUGAAGGCAGAUAAAUGAUUAUUUAUUAAUUAAGAGCAUAGAUAAUUAGUUCGAUAUUACUGGCCAACAAUCUGAAGUUGGCUGUGAGCGAUGUAAAUAUGUAACAAAUUAUUUGUAAAUACUAGAUAUAAUAGUGGUGUACCCGAGUGUAUGUAAUUAUUGAUGAAUUUGUG